AUUAUACAUUGCAUAAUUCCUAAAGAACUUAAAAUUACUGAAAAACAAGGAAGCAUCAUUGUUGUUGGAGAUUAUGAAUGGAUUAAGGAGAAAAUGGAAAGACAUGGAAUGGUUGAAAAUAGAGCAUCAAGUGCGGUUAAACCAAAUGAAAAGAUAUCCAAAAUAACCCCUUUGGGAAAGGUUCUAAAAUACAAGUGCGCUGUAUGUGAAUAUUCCUCCCCCGAUCGUUAUCAUAAUGUGCUCAAUCAUAUAACUAGAACUCAUUUGAAAUUUCCAUUGUAUAGAUGUGCCCCCUGUAAAAAAACAUUUGCUACACAUCGGGCUGCAAGAUUCCAUAAUGAACAGCGACAUACCAAGAAGACGGCAUGUGAACGAUGCGCUUAUCCAAAGGCCUUGUCAGAGAAAGUAAAGAAAGGUAGUACAGUAAUUAUUGGAAACAAAGCAUGGAUAGAGACCAAAAUGAAAAAUCAUCUUGAGAAGGUGGAGAAGAAGAGGAUUCAAAUGGAGGCUAAGUCGGAUGUUGAGUCUGAACAUGAAGACGCUGAAGUUGUCUCAAGCUACAAAUGUGGAUUAUGUGAUCUAACUAGAGAUGAAAAGGGCAUUGUGAAACGGCAUGUUUAUGAGGUACAUAUGAGAAUGCAUCGCAACACAUGCAAACAUUGCACAUCAUCAUUCAGGGAAAGGCAGGCCCUUGUUGAACAUCACAAAGAAAAUCAUUCAAAGAAAAAACUGACUGAUAUCAUUGAAGAGAGACCCGAGUUAUAUACUGAGGUUAAAGACACAACAAUGACGAUUUAUCCACCAAAAUCAUUUGCAAUACCAGAAGAAACAUCAAAAGGAGAAGCUGAAGAAUCUGAUACAUCUUGUGAUGAUGAGCCAACAGAACAAGAUCAGUCAUUGCACAACUUCCAAUGUGGAAUAUGUGACUUUAAUAGGGAUGUCAGAAAUCUUGUAGUUAGGCAUGUGUACUAUGUUCAUAUGAAACUGUUUAAGUACACUUGCACUAUAUGUAGAAAAAUGUUUCGAGAACUAAGACAGAGUCUCGAUUAUUAUUCCAGUGAACAUAAUGUGAAAAAUGCCAUUGCAUCAUAUACAGACCUGCCAACACUUGAUACAAAAGUGAAAGGGAAUACUUUAUUUUUCUAUGAACCAGGUCAAGGUUCUAAUGGGAGCAAAACUAAAACAACCAAAGCUAAAUCACAUGAUGGUGAGAAAAAGCAAACAAAACCAACUAUUAUAAAGCAGGAAAUCGUAUCUGAUGAAAAAGAGAACCAUGUAAAAUCCUACGAAUGUGGGAUUUGUAAGGAUUACAAAACUGUAAGAAGAGGUCAUAUAGAAAGGCAUUUCUUUAUGGUCCAUUUAAACAUUGG